CGAGUCGCGGGCCGCCUCCUCCGCCUCGCCCGGCACCACGUCCGCAGCUGCGCCCGUCGCGAGCCCGCGGGGUUCUCCCUCCCGAGACAACAGCAAAGACAACAGCGGCAGCAGCAGCAGCGACAGCGGCGGCAGCAGCAGCUAUGGAGGCGGCGGCACUGUUCACGGAGUCCACGGAAGAGGAGUCGUCGUCGUCGUCGUUCUUCAGGGAGGGCGAAGGCGGCGAAGGCGGCGCGGCCCGGGACGACGACGACGACGAGGAGGAGGCGGCGGCGGAGGCGGCGGGGGAGGCCGCAGCCGCCGCCUCCUCGGCGCGCUCCUUCACCCUCUACGCGGCGCGGGGAUGCGGGGCCAAGUCACGAAAAGCCUCAAUUACGGACACACUGCAGCAGCAGGAGGCUUCUGACCAAGACUUACGGCUGACAGUGGUCGCGAGCGACCUGGCAGCUGAGUGUGAGGCAGAGCUCCGCAGCUUCAUCGCCAGGCGCCUGGAGAAGGGCGCUCUCUAUGGCAGCAUCGGCAGCGUCGCCACUCUCAACCUCACGUCAGCCGACGACAGCACGGCCUGCUACUACUGCCUGCUGCAGCAACCAUUACCAGCGGUGGCGGAGAGUGUGGAGAGUGUGGAGAGUGCGGAGCGUGUGGAGAGUGCGGAGCGUGUGGAGAGUGCGGAGCCCGGGGAGCCCGGGGAGGAUGGAGGAAGCGGCAGGGAGGAGGGCUCCAAUGGAGCCAUGGCUGCUGAUUACGUCAUUUGUUUUUUGGGUCUGACAGAGCAGGGCCUCGAGUUGUUCAGGCCAGAGCUGGACAAGUAUGCGGCUGGGUUGCUGGCGUAUCUGGAUGCCGAGGUGGGCACGGAAGGCUGGCACGGAGCGACAUACCUGGGUGGCUGGCUUGAGGACGCGGUUCUCUACAUCCACCGCGUGCUGCGCACCCUCAACGGGCACAUCGCCAUGCUGCUACACGCCGCUCUGAGUCACGCACAUGUGGACGUAGUCGGAGCCAAUGAAAAACUCAGCCAAGACAUAUCCAGGUUUGUGCAGACAAGCCGGCUCGAGGGGCUGAUGCCGGGGUCCCCUUCUGCGUGCCCCCAGUCGGCGGGCGACAGCAUGGUGACGGUCGACUGCAGCACCGACUCCCCAAGCGUGAGGAACGGCACCAGCAAUAGGUUCUGCGACACGUGGGCAGACGCCCUGACGCGGGCAGCGGAGACCGGCAGCGCCUUUGUCCUGCGCCAGAUCCUGGAGAACUUCAAGCUCAAGGCCAUCCAGGACAUGAACAGCUUCCAGCGGCUGCUGAAUCAGGCGGAGAGCGACCACUACGCGCUCUACCGCUGCCUGCAGUUUGUGCGCGCGUGCGGGAACGGCGGGGUGCUGCUGUCCUGUCCCGCGAUGGGGCCGGGCCUCGUGCCAGCGUCACGGCCCGCGGCGCUCAGCGUGCUGCGCGUGCUCGCCGAGUUCACGCGCGAGAAUGGGGAGACCCCGUGAGACCCCGUGAGACCCCGUGAGACCCCGUGAGACCCCGUGGGACCCCGUGGGACCCCGUGAGACCCCGUGGGACCCCGUGAGACCCCGUGGGACCCCGUUAGACCCAGUGAGACCCCCGUGAGACCCCGUGAGAUGCCGUGAGACCCCCAUGGGACCCCGUGAGACCCCGUGGGACCCCGUGAGACCCCGUGAGACCCCGUGGGACCCCGUGAGACCCCGCGAAACCCCGCGAGACCCCGUGGGACCCCGUGAGACCCCGUGGGACCCCGUGGGACCCCGUGAGACCCCGCGAGACCCCGCGAGACCCCACGAAACCCCGCGAGACCCC